AUGGGUACAACACCAAGUCGGUACGAUGAUCUAUCUAAAAAUGUUUAUUUAGAAAAGUUUUGUGGAAAAAAAAGUAUUCUUCCAAAUGAUCCAUUUUGGAACACAUUUCUGUCUUACAACAUGAAACCACCUGUUACAAGAAAUGACCAAAUAGAAUUAGAUUCUCGAUUGGACUCCUCAUGCCAGCAAUUACUCGUUAACAAUUUAAGUACUGGCAAUUUUGGUAGUCUGAUACAAGUUGCUCUUAUGCGUGCUAGUAAUUUACUGGCAUCAAUGCAGAAUCAAAAAAUCAUAUCAGCAUGGCAAACAUAUAAUGCAUUGUUUGCAUUGAGAUGUAUAUUGAAAUAUUUAAUUGAAACAGUGGGUGAAGAAGAAAUGAUAAAACAUAUAGAAGCACCACAGUUACCAGUGCCAACACAAUCAAAUUCAUCUUACAGAUUAAAGGAUCUUUUUGAAGCAUUAAUUGAUAUUGUAACAGAUGUACCACUGUGUGAGUUCACAUAUGUGGUUCAUCUAGAAGCUAUAAAUUGUUUACUUGUAUUACUUUCUGUACAAUUGUUUUCACAAACUGCAGCUGAAUACAGCUGCAUCUACAGAAUAGCAAUGCAUUCACAUUCUAGUGAACAUGCACCGGCAAUGGUGUGUACUUUAUUGCAUAAUUUUGUGCAGCAAGAACAUGCUCCUCCUGGUUUACUUACACAACAGCCAGGAGGAAGUAUCGUUUUUAGUAUAGCUGCUGGAUUAUGGAAUGUAAUUACAAUGGGCAUGGGUAGUAGCUUAAAAAAUGUACAAGUUACAAGUAAUGGUACUUCUGAAGAAGAAGAACGAAAACGCGACACAGAAACACCUCUUGCUAGUCAAUCUUUAUUACUCCUAUUGGUAUUAACAAAUCACUGUACUGCAACUGAAAACCCUUACAGGAAUGCCCUUUUUACAUUUGUUGAUAUGCAAGAAGGCUAUUCCACAAUGCAAGCAAAAGGCGCAUUUAGGUUUAAUUUAAAUAAAUUGUAUAAUGCUAUAUGUAAGAUACCAAAUACAGAUGAAGUUACAUUAUUAUUAUACAUGUUGCUACAUAGGAAUGCAAGUAUAAAACAAGACAUCAUGAGAAGACCAGAUAUACAGCUAUUGGUAAUACCAAUACUUCAGAUAUUAUAUCAUGCUCCAAACAAUACAUCUCAUCAUAUUUAUAUGUCUCUUAUUAUCCUUCUAAUUUUAAGUGAAGACGAAACAUUUAACAAGAGGAUACAUGAAAUAAUGCUUAAGGGUGUGAGUUGGUAUACAGAAAGAUCAAUAAGUGAAAUAUCAUUAGGAGGUCUUUUAAUUCUUGUUGUCAUAAGAACUAUACAAUAUAAUAUGUUCAAAAUGAGGGAUAAAUAUCUUCACACAAAUUGUUUAGCAGCUUUAGCAAAUAUGUCAGCACAGUUCACAUCUUUACAUCCUUAUGUUAGUCAAAGAUUGCUAAGUUUGUUUGAAACUCUUGCAAAGAAACAUGCUAGAUUAGAAGCAAAAAUACGCACGCAACCUUCUAUUUCUUCUGAUAGUACUACUAUCACAAUUAAUGGAACAACAGCAAAUACAGAUUUGAUUCAAGACUUAACAAUACUUGAAGAAGUUUUGCGAAUGGUACUAGAGAUCAUAAAUAGUUGUUUAACUCAUAGACUCGCACAUAAUCCGAACUUAAUAUACACUCUUUUGUAUAAAAAAGAUAUUUUUCAACCAUUUAGGAUGCAUUCAGCAUUUCAAGACAUUGUGCAAAAUAUAGAUUCUGUCAUAAAUUUCUUUUCUUAUAAAUUGGAACAAAAAGAUCAGUCGCAACUUGGCGUGACUCAGGUAUUAACUACGAUCCAGCAAGGUACUAGUGAAUGGCCACGUGACCGUUUAAGGAAAUUUCCAGAACUAAAAUUUAAGUAUGUAGAAGAGGAACAACCAGAAGAGUUCUUUAUUCCUUAUGUAUGGAAUGUCGUGUGUCAAAGUGCACUGUUACAUUGGAAUGCAGAAAAUAUAAAAUUAUUUUCACCCCAUACUGGUGAACAAACCACGAUUAUCGUUUGCUGAUACUGAGAUAAAAACUGCUGUUUGCAGUAAAUACAUGAUGCAAUACAAAUGGAGUAAAAAAUAUUGGAAGUAUUAUUUCUUCAUGAGACACCCAUUUGAUACGAGAAAAACAAUAUAUAUUGUUUAUUGUAAAGGUAAUCAUAGCAGGCGGAUAGAGACUAACAUAAUACAUACUCAUUUUACGUCUGAAAUCAGUUUGUUGGUAUUUAUCUCUUGCCUUAGUCACUGUUUCAAUUAAUUAUAUUAAUAUUUCAUUUUCCAAAAUAACAGUGCUGUGUUGGAAAUGGAUAUUAGUUAAAUCUAAUGAAAUUUAAUUAAAAUAACAUGAAACCGUGGAAUAUUUUUAUGUUUUUUUAAUGUGCAUAAGCCUAAUUAAUAAGAUAUGAUUUAUAAACAAUACUAGUUAAUUCAUUCAUCGUGCAGUAAUGAAAUUGGCUUUAAUUUCAUAAGACUAUGCAUUGUUAAGACUGGUGUUACAAUCUAUCAUUUUAGAAAAGCUGCAUUAUCGCUUGAAUCAAAUAUCAUCGAUAAAUAAAAAUAUUUAAAUAUUCAACUGGAGCAGCAUAAAUUCACACCAUGGGUAAGAGUGAAACUUAAAUAUAAAAAUUUUAUAAUAAUCACAAAAGGAUAUAAAUAAAUAUUGGAGUUUCCAGAUGAAUUCAUGCUAAAAAGUAUUUUCGACAUAUUAAUAAAAUUUUCCAUAAUGAAAAUGAUAAUGAUAAGAGAAAA